AUGGGUUCCUGCAUUAGCAAAUGCUCACCCAAAAAACACUUUCUACAAGAAUUUAACAAUGUCCAAGACAAGUUGGUGAUUUCACAACCUCCUCCUACGAUCACCAUCCCUCCAAUUUCUGCUUCCAGCAAAAUCUCACCUUGUCCUCAAUCCCCUUGCAACUCCAGUUCCUCUGCCUCCUCUAUCACUUGCACCACAAGCACUUCCAACUCAAGCGCUUCCUCAUUGAGCUCAGCCUUGUCAAGUGCUUCUACGGUCUCCAGCUCGAAAAUCGACCGGUCUUUCUCCAACGAGUUCUUGUGGUCGUGUUACAAGGAAAACCCGCAUGUCAUUCGGAUUAACUCGAUCAAAGACGCAAGCUUUUCGAGGUUUUCCUCAUCGGCAUUGCGACAAAAGCCGGUUUUGGCCACAGAGGUGAACAAAAAGCUGAACAAGAAGCAGCCGCCGAGCCCGAAAAGGGGAAAUGUAUCAGUUACACCACAGAAGAGAGUGAGAUCAAGCUCACCAACUUCUCUAGGAAGGCAAAAGAGCUUCCGAAAAGAGCCAGAGAGGCCAAUGAUCUCUGCAUAUUCACAUCCAAGUAGAACUUUGAGGUCACCCUCUCCAAGUAGAAGGUUCAACAUGCCAAUCCCCCCCAAAGAAAGCCAUUUGAGGCCUAAUAAUGCAUUGAAUGUUAGGCCUGCAGGUUCAAAUUGUUGCGCAACUAAAUCCACAUCCAGAGCUCGUAUCGAGCCACACAACCCCAACAUAAAUUACAACAAUUCGAGCCGGCUUCUUCGGCCGUGUUUGAAGAGCAGAGAAACAGAGAUGAGAAUUCACAGGAUCACAUCUAAAAUUGAUGAGGUUGCAGCUGGAGAAGCAGUAGCUGACUAUAUGGACUCACUUCCUGCUGAGGACAUUGAUAACCCUUUACUAUCUCUUGAUUGUUUUAUUUUCGUGUAG